AUGGCAGCUAAGGAUGACGAUAACUCGUGUCCGGUUCACACCUCCUAUUCUCUCAACGUGUCCCGAUGGGUCCGUCUAAACGUGGGGGGCACUUACUUUCUUACAACUACUCAAACUCUGUGCAGGGAACCGAAGUCUUUCCUGUACCGGCUGUGCCAGGAGAAUCCCGAGCUGCAGUCUGACAAGGAUGAAGCAGGUGCAUAUUUAAUUGACAGAGAUCCAGUGUACUUUGGGCCUGUGCUAAACUACCUCAGACAUGGAAAACUGGUUCUCAACAAAAAUCUGACUGAAGAAGGUGCUUUGGAAGAGGCGGAGUUCUACAACAUCACAUCGCUAAUUAAAGUGAUUAAGGACAGAAUCAGAGAACGAGAUGCCACAAUUGCACAAACUCCAUUGAAGCAUGUGUACCGGGUGUUGCAGUGUCAGGAAGAGGAGCUUACUCAGAUGGUCUCCACCAUGUCAGAUGGAUGGAAGUUCGAGCAGCUUAUCAGUGUAGGCUUUGGGCGGGCACAGAAGUCUGAAUUUCUGCUGAUUGUGUCCCGUGAGGUGAAAGGGGAGGAGUCAUAUCAAAUCCACCCCGCCCACUGUGGAGAGCUGGUAAGCAUUGGCUCCUCCUAUAACUAUGGCAGUGAGGAUCAGGCUGAGUUUUUGUGUGUCGUCUCCAAGGAGCUUCAGAACCAAUCACAUGGAAAUAACAGUCAGCCAAGUGAGAAAGCAAAGAUUCUCCAGGAGCGGGGGUCUCGGAUAUGA